ACUGUCGACCAUGGGCAGAUAAAUAUCUCACACACUCAGUACGCUGCUCAUUCCCCGAGAAGACAGCACACCUGGUGGCUGCAGCAAACAUGGUGCCAUCACUUGUUUCUACGGCAGGAGGACUCCUCUUACUGUUCACCCUGUCAAAUGCACAACUCAGAGGAGACAGCAUUGGUACAUGCCAGCGAAACGAUGGAUUUGGCAAAUACUGUCCUACCACGUGUGGAGUGGCCGACUAUCUGUUCAAAUAUAUGGACGAAGUGACCGGGGACCUGAAUCAUUUUGGAAAUGAGCUGGAGACCAUUGCCAAUUUGACUGAGGGGGCAGAUGAAACAAUUGUCUACAUGAAGGAUUCAACAACAUCAGCCCAAAAGAGCGCCUCACCAGACUUGUAUUUUAAAAAGUCAGCAAGUAUGCUGGAUGAUGUUGUUCGCUUCGAGAAGACGAUCAUUGCACAGGAGGAGCAGAUGUUUGAACUCGGGAAUAUUAUUUCGUCUAACGAGAGGCGGAUGGCAGACCUGAAGCAGCUGUCCCUUCAGCUGCAGCAGAAAUGCAAUGAACCCUGUAAAGACACUGUUGAAAUCCAGCCCAUCACAGGAACAGAUUGUCAGGACAUUGCAAACAAAGGUGGAACCACUAGUGGGCUCUACUAUGUGAAACCAGCCAAAGCCACUGAGCAGUUCCUGGUCUAUUGUGAGAUUGAUAGCUUUGGACGAGGAUUCACAGUAAUACAGAGGAGACGGGAUGGCAGCGUGGACUUUAACAAGAACUGGAUCCAGUACAAGAACGGCUUUGGUUAUCUGUCCCCAGACGACACCACCGAGUUCUGGUUGGGCAACGAGAAGAUCCAUCAGCUGACGGACGUUAGCACCAUCCCAACUGUGCUGAGGAUAGAGCUGAUGGACUGGGACGGCAACAAGAAGUACGCAGACUAUAACAUGUUUAGACUGGGAAACGAGGAUGACAAGUACCGUCUGACUUACGCCUACCUUUUUGGCGGUGACGCCGGCGAUGCUUUUGCUGGCUUCGACUUUGGAGAUGACCCCAGUGACAAAUUUUUCACCUCACACAACGGCAUACAGUUCAGUACCUUUGACAGUGACAACGACAAAUUUGAUGGCAAUUGCGCUCAGCAGGAUGGCUCCGGCUGGUGGAUGAACAGAUGCCAUGCUGCACAUUUAAAUGGAAAAUACUACCCGGGUGGUAGGUACACUAAAAAGGAUGCAGGCGAGCACGGCUAUGACAACGGCAUCAUCUGGGUCACAUGGCACGACCGCUGGUACUCUCUGAAGGAAACCACCAUGAAGAUCAUUCCUCUGAGUCGAAUCACAGCAGGUGGUGGGCAGCAGACCGGUGUGAAACAGUUUGGAGGACUUUAAACGUGAACUCGUACCACGUGCUGCAUGUAAGCGUUUGUGGUCAAUACUUAAUGCUUUACGCAUUAACAAAACAAAAUGUCUGAAACCUUUAAAACGUCGACCCUCAAGGAAUCGUUCAGUGUUUCUCCAGGUCAUUUCUGUGGGCUGUUGUGAUCUACAGCUGCACACUGACGAUUUUUCUUUUCACCUUCAGUGUUGUUUCAUCAAAUAAAUGUAAAAUCUGUUCCUUA